AAAUGGUCUCGUGCUUAUGCUAGUCGAAAUCGGUACUCGGUUAUGAUGUCAAACAACGCGGAGUCAUUAAAUGCAGUUAAUGCCACUGCCCGAGAAUACCCAAUAUUUCAAACCAUCAUGUGCUUUUGAGUUUGAGGUGUUUGAUAAGAGAUCCCGCUCUUAUGUUGUCAACUUGAAGGAGCGCACGUGCACUUGUCGAGAAUUUCAGCUUGAUGGGUUCUUAUGUGUACAUUCUGUUGCAGCUAUUCGCUCCCGCCCAGGACUUUCUUGCUAUGAUUACAUUUCAGAAUUCUAUAAGCAAAUCACUUGCAUCCCCCCAUCAUGUGAAUCGCGACCUCCUGGAAGGCCGAAGAAAAGAAGAAUUCCUUCUACAGGAGAGCAUGUUCGGAGUCAAAAAUGCACUCGUUGCCUCAUGGUUGGACACAAUAGAAAGACGUGUAGAAAUCCUAUUCCGCUACACAUGCGUUAAAAAAUGUUUUUAUUUGAUGUUAUCAUUUGAGCAUUUUUGCAAAUGCAAUCACAUACACUUGUUUGAUUUCUGAACAUUUCCAUACAUUUGUCAUACCUUUACCUUUGAAAAAAACUGCUAAGAAUUAAUGGCUCUUCGUUAUUCAUUGUCCUGCCUUAAAGGCAUUAAUUAAAUCUCAAAAUCACAUCAUCAAGGCUCAUCAUACAUGAGGGCAUUAAUGUAUAUAUGUACUUGUUCAGAUUUCUGUCCAUAUUACUGUCCGUUCC